AUUUAAUUUCAAAGUAGUUUUAUUUGGGAAUAAUUAUCAUAAAGUGUGUUUCUUUUUUGUUUUGUGGCGAGCUUUGCUCUAUCAUCAAAAUGCUUUCUCUCACCGAAUUACUGUUGUUAGUUAUUUCGAUCUUAUUCGGUGGUUAUAUUUGGACAAAGUACAAUUUGUUAUAUUGGCGAAGAAAAAAUGUUCCAUUUGUUGAGCCAAAUAUUUUACUUGGUAAUCUUGUUGAUAUGUUAAAAUUCACACAGAGUUCUGCUGAAAAUUUGCAACAAAUGUACAAUCACAAGAAUGCCCAAGAUCAGCCAGUUUUGGGAAUCUAUAUUUUAAGCAAGCCAGCUCUAUUGAUUCGUGAACCAGAGUUAAUAAAAUCUAUUCUUGUGAAGAAUUUUAACAAAUUCUCAAAUCGUUAUGCUACAACAGAUGAGAAAGGUGAUACUUUGGGAUCGGGAACAUUGUUCUUCAUCAAAAAUCCUCAUUGGAGGGAAUUGCGUACGAAAUUGACACCAGUUUUUUCAAGUGGCAAAAUUAAACAAAUGUUUCCACUAAUGCAAGAUGUUGGAAACGAGUUGGAUAAAUACCUGAGCAAUAUUGAAAUUGAUAAAGAUAACAGUUUCGUUCAGGAAGUUAAAGAAGUUUGCGCUGCUUAUACAACAGAUGUGAUUGCAACAGUUGCAUUUGGUAUUCAAGCGAAUAGUCUUCGGAAUCCUGAUGCUGAUUUUCGAAAACAUGGUCGAAAUAUUGUAGAUUUCACACUUUCGAGAGCUAUUGAAUUGACUGGGGUAUUCUUUAUACCAGUUUUGGCAAAACUUAUGCGAUGCAAAAUAUUUCCAAAAGAAUCGGCCACAUUUAUCCGAAAGACCAUUAACUAUGUUAUGAAUGAAAGAAUUAAAAAUGGAAACACUCGCAAUGACCUGAUUGAUGUUCUAAUAGCUUUUAAAAAAUCAGCUGAGAUUGACAAGGACAUGGAUAAUUUAGCUAUGAGUAAUGAGAUCUUAGUGGCACAAGCUGCGAUAUUUUUUGUUGCUGGCUAUGAGACUUCUUCAGCGACAAUGUCUUUUUGUUUGUAUGAAUUAACAAAGUCGGUUGAAGUUCAGAAACGAUUGCGAGGGGAGAUUAAGGAGGUCUUAAAAGCCAAUGAUGGAAAGAUUACCUAUGAGGCUGUCAAUGAAAUGGAAUACUUGAAUAUGGUUGUUUUGGAAGUCUUAAGACUGUAUCCACCACUUCCGUUCUUGGAUCGAACUUGCACAUUACCAAGUGGAGAAAAGGAAUUCUCAUUUAAGCCGGAAUUGGAUUUAGAUAUACCAAACCAUAUGGGAGUAUUUAUUCCAAUGUUUGGUAUUCAAAGAGAUUCUAAGUUCUUUCCAAAUCCUGACCAAUUUGAUCCUGAAAGAUUUUCGGCCCAAAAUAAGGCAAAUAUUAAACCAUUUACUUAUAUGCCUUUUGGGUUAGGACCACAUAGUUGUAUUGGAGAACGUUUUGGACUAGUGCAAGUAAAAAUUGGGCUGAUUAGUAUUCUAAGGAAUCACUACGUAACUGAUUGUGAUAAAUCUUAUAGUAAAAUGAUAUUUAAUCCUAAAGCUAUGGUUCUUCAAUCGAAGGAUGGGAUAUUUUGUAAAUUUGUUAGAGAUCCUUUAGUUUAAGGUUGAAAAAUUGUUUAAGUUUAUAGACAAGCAUUAAUGUGAAACGAAAUUCUU